AUGGCUUUGGCUAUACCAUAUUUGCUAAUUGCGGUCGUGUGCGUAGCUGUGUACGUUGCACAGUCAAUUCUGUAUAAUUUAUUUUUCCACCCACUUCGGAGCUACCCUGGUCCAGUCCUUGCCAAGAUAUCCAUCAUCUGGAGCCGACAAGCAAAUUUCUAUGGCCUCAAGUAUAUGAAAAUUCACCAAGCUCAUCGCAAGUAUGGCUCUGUGGUUCGAAUCGCGCCUAACGAGCUGUCCUUCGCUGACCCAGCUGCCGUUCGUGAUAUUUACACAAACAGUGCCUUUCAAAAAGAAGAGAACUUUUAUUUUGCAAAGAGAGGCUAUGAGGAAGAGCAUCUUUUCAGCUUUCGAAAUCCCGAGGCGCAUAACCAGCGUCGAAAGCUCCUAUCCCGCGGUUACUCUCAAGGUAGUUUGCUUGAUAUAGAAAACGAUAUUGCGGCCAAGAUACAAACGUUUCUCGACCUCCUUGCCACAAAAGCUGUCAAUGGCAAUGCGGUAGAUAUAUACACCUUUGUACAUCUUUUGUCAUUUGACGUGGUUUAUCGUUUGCUCUUCGGAGAUGACCCCAGGUCCCUUGAACUAGGAGGAGAACACAGGGUUCUGUCUUACCUUAGGGCAUGGCGUCCUCUCUUUACCUAUAAAGAGGUAUUGCCGCAGCUGGAGUGGCUUGGUGUGUAUCUACCAGGCAUAUUUGGGAACAACUUCCGUAAAGUUAGGCAGUGGAAGAUUUAUUCCGUCGAUCUGAUCAAGACGUCUCGGCAGAAUAACAUCGUCACGCCGUUCUUUCGUUCUGUUCUAUACGGCGAGAAAGACGGUUACCUCAAUCGGCCACUCACGGACUCAGAGGUGGCUGAGGAGUGCAUGAGCGGAAUGUUUGGCGGUACAGGAACAACCGCCAACACGUUUGUCUUUCUUCUCUGGGCUACUUUGCAACGACCAGAAGUAGUGGAGAAGCUUGAAGCAGAACUAAGAGCAGCUUUUCCCAACCCGGACUCGGUGGUCGACUAUCAGGCAUUGACGAACGAAACCCUCCGCAUGUAUCCAACAAUUGUCGCCAUCUUGCCUAGAGUCGCCAAGAAGGACACCAUUGUCGCAGGUCUUCACAUACCCAAAGGCACUGUUGUGGGAACACAGAACUAUACCAUUCAUCGCUCGGAACGAGCAUUCCAUGAUCCAGAUAACUUCCUCCCCGAGCGCUGGCUCGACGACAAGAACGUUGAUGCUAGAAAAGAGGCAUUUGUGCCGUUCUCGGUUGGUCCUCGCAGAUGCAUAGGAAUGAAUAUGCGACCCGAAGAAAUGAGGAUAUUUGACAGUUUCAAUGCUGGUCCAGCUGGGCGGAGGUUGCUUAUUAGGCUUAAAGAGAAACAUUCAGAAGCUGAAGCUCCUGGUACUAUCACCAUUCAACACUAG